AAGGAGUGGGUGAACAUGGCUGAAGGCACCCGGAUCGCCCCAACGUGCCACGGGAUGGGUAGCAGGCAGGACCCCGUCUCCAGCAGUGGGAGCUGCAACUUUCCAGAGUACGAGCUUCCCGAGCUAAAUACGCGUGCAUUCUAUGUGGGCGCUUUCGGGGAGCUGUGGCGUGGCCGGUUGCGCGGAGAAGGGGACUUGUCGCUGAAGGAGCCGCAAGCAUCCGCGCUGCCAGGGAGCCAAGGGGUCGCCGAGUGGGGCCAGGAGGAUGCUGCGGUGGCCCGGGAUCUGGGCUGCAGCUUGGAGGCGGCAGCAGAGCUGCGGACCGUGUGCGGCCGUGAUAAAUUAAAGUGCCUUGAGGAGGGUGAGGACCCAGAAGUCAUCCCAGAGGACACCGACCUAGUGACUUUGGGGGUUAGAAAGAGGCUUCUGGAACAGCGGGAAGAAACCAUAACGAUAGAUCGGGUUUGCAGGCAAGAAACCUUUGCUUACGAGAUGGAGUCACAUGCCAUAGGAAAAAAGCCUGAAAACCCAGCAGACAUGGUUGAAGAAGGGGAGCUUAUCCUAUCUGUGAAUAUCUUGUACCCCGUUAUAUUUCAUAAGCACAAAGAACACAAACCAUACCAGACGAUGCUGGUAUUGGGCAGUCAAAAGCUCACGGAACUGAGGGAUUCAAUUUGUUGUGUCAGUGACCUCCAGAUUGGUGGCGAAUUCAGCAACACUCCUGAUCAAGCUCCUGAGCACAUAAGCAAAGACCUGUACAAAUCAGCCUUCUUUUAUUUUGAAGGAACAUUUUAUAAUGAUAAGAGAUACCCUGAGUGCAGAGAUUUGAGCAGAACUAUCAUUGAGUGGUCAGAGUCCCAUGAUAGAGGCUAUGGAAAAUUUCAGACCGCUAAAAUGGAAGAUUUUACCUUCAAUGACUUGUAUAUUAAACUGGGUUUUCCUUACUUAUAUUGUCACCAGGGAGACUGUGAGCAUGUUGUCGUCAUCACUGACAUAAGGCUUGUGCAUCGUGAUGACUGCUUGGAUAGGACGCUUUAUCCCCUUCUUAUCAAGAAGCAUUGGUUAUGGACCAGAAAAUGUUUUGUUUGUAAAAUGUACACAGCCAGAUGGGUGACGAACAAUGACAGUUUUGCACCAGAGGACCCAUGUUUCUUUUGUGAUGUUUGCUUUCGGAUGCUCCACUAUGAUUCAGAAGGCAACAAACUGGGAGAAUUCCUUGCUUAUCCUUAUGUUGAUCCUGGAACCUUUAAUUAAUAACAAAAGUACACCCUUGUGAAGUAACUACCCUGUGGAUGGUUACUUUAUUUCCACAACAUGUCACCGAGGAACAGGAUCCACCCGAAACAAUCAGCCAGUUACCCACCCCCCUGCACAAGUUCAGAUCACAGGUUUCCUUACAAAGUAACUUGUGUUUAGAAAUACAUUAGUUUAGUAUUUAUUCCAAAAUAUGGUGAUUAUUUAGUGCCUCUGCCCAUUAAGUGUGUUUAAGUUGUAGGAGUACUUUAUAUAUUUUGAAUACAAAUCCUUUGUCAGAUUCAAGUGUUCUGAUUUUUGCCCAGUCUGUGGCUUGUCUAUUCAUUCUGUGUCCAGAGUGGUUUUUGCUAAUCUGUAAUUAGAAAAAUUCAGUUAAUGAUACAUCAAGUGGUGGGAGUAUUUUGAAAAUUCUUUGAAGAGUGCAAGAGCUACACCUUGUACAGAGCUACACCUUGUACCGUGAGGCUUCCAAGGUAAACAUCAAUUAUCUGUAAUAAAAAUGAGGAACAAGAAUAAAAGUAGAUUUAACAAAUAA